AUGGGGUGCUCAAGCUCGAGGGAGGCGGGCGGCGGUGUGGUUUCGUCGUCCGCGGCGCCGGCGGAGCGGCGGCAGGGCCUGCGCUCGCGCUCCCUCGGCAUGUGCCGCGGCGGGCACGACAGCGGGCACGCGUACACCGCGCUGCCGUUCGAGGAACCGGUGAAGGGUGCCCGUGAUCCGGCCGCGGCUGAGGAGGCGCUCCCCGGCGAGGAUGCGGCGGCGGAAGAGAAGCAGCGGAGCACGGUGGCGGCGGUUAUGACCAGCCUCGAGGAUGCGGCGUCGUCGUGGACGGCACGAUGGAGCGCAGAACCUGCGCCGUCGUCUCUGCCUCCGGAGCCGCUGCCUGCGCUUGACCUUGACCCGGCGGUCUUGCCUGGGUUCUGGCAGCCCGUGCAGGUGCCUUCGCCGUCGCACCCGGCGCUUUUCUACCCGGAGCAGGAGAACCCGGCGCCACAGGAGGCCUGCGACGAUCACGUUGACAUGGGGACGCCGGCCGCCCGCGACAUACCGGAGGUCACUGACUUCGUCCGCGCGCGCGUCGACGUCGACGAGUUCGAUGAAAAGCUGGAGAACAAGAAGGCGGCGGCGGUGGCGGCCGAGGAAGCCCCUGACAUCGUCGACGACGGCGACCAGGUGACGGCGCCAAGGCGCCGGCUGCCGCGCGCCGGGAAGCCCGUGGUGCUGUACCUGACCAGCCUCCGCAUCGUGCGGCGGACGUUCGAGGACUGCCGCGCCGUGCGUGCCAUCCUGCGGUACUACCGCGUGCGCCUGGACGAGCGCGACGUGUCCAUGCACGCCGCCGUCAGGUCGGAGCUGCGCGACCUCCUCGGCGACGGCUUCGAGGGGCCCGCGCUCCCGCGCGUGUUCGUCGACGGCGGCUGCCACGACCUCGGCGGCGCCGAGGACGUGCGCGCGCUGCACGAGACCGGCGAGCUCGCGCGCGCGCUGGCCGGGUGCGAGGCAGCGCGGCCCGCCGGCGCCGGCGCGUGCGCGGCGUGCGGCGAGGCGCGCUUCGUGCCCUGCGAGACGUGCCACGGCAGCUGCAAGGUCUUCGUCGACGACGAGAGGUGCCGCCUGCGCCUGGCUGGCUUCUUCCGUCAGUGCCCGGACUGCAACGAGAAUGGGCUCAUCCGAUGCCCCGUGUAUUGUUACUGA